CCGGGAUGUUGCAGAACUGGAUGCCCUGGAUGGUACCUAAUUAAAGCAGAAAGCCGCUGCAGGAUGAAAACAUGGCUGCACCCAUGUUUGCACCGCCAGGACCUGAUCGCUUCCAAUUUUUUACCCGGGAAUCCCUGGCUAACAUUGAGAAGCGCAUUGCUGAGGAAAAAGCCAAGCCGCCACCCAAGCCUGACAGCAGCUACCGCGACGAUGACGACGACAACAAACCCAAGCCUAACAGUGACCUGGAGGCCGGCAAGUCUGUGCCCUUCAUCUAUGGAGACAUCCCUUCUUCAAUGGUGGCGACACCAAUUGAAGAAUUGGACAAUUUCUACGCGACCAAGAAAACGUUUAUAGUGGUAAAUAAAGGGAAAACAAUCUACCGCUUUAGUGCCACAUCUUCCCUGUACAUGAUCAGCCCUUUUAAUAUUUUUAGGCAAAUAGCUAUUAAAAUUUUGAUACAUUCAUUGUUCAGCAUGAUCAUUAUGUGUACUAUUUUGACCAACUGUGUAUUCAUGACUUUUAGUAACCCUCCAGAAUGGUCGAAACAAGUAGAGUACACAUUCACGGGAAUUUAUACGUUCGAAUCUCUUGUAAAAAUCAUUGCCCGAGGGUUCUGUAUAGACGACUUCACAUUCCUCCGAGACCCAUGGAACUGGCUGGAUUUCAUGGUCAUUUCUAUGGCGUAUAUAACAGAGUUUGUAAACCUAGGCAAUGUCUCAGCUCUGCGCACGUUCAGAGUUCUGAGGGCAUUGAAAACUGUUGCUGUUAUUCCAGGUCUGAAGACCAUCGUGGGUGCUCUGAUCCAGUCGGUGAAGAAGCUGUCGGACGUGAUGAUCCUGACGGUGUUCUGCCUGAGCGUCUUCGCCCUCAUCGGCCUGCAGCUCUUCAUGGGCAACCUGCGGCAGAAGUGCGUCAUCUGGCCCCUCAACCACACCACCACCUACCUGGCCAACGGCAGCGAGGGCUUCGACUGGAACGCGUACAUCAUGAACGACACAAAUUUCUACUUCGUGCCAGGGCAACUAGACGCCCUUAUCUGCGGCAACAGCUCAGACUCUGGCCGCUGUCCUGAGGGCUACAUGUGCAUGAAAGCUGGGCGCAAUCCAAACUACGGCUACACCAGCUUCGACAGCUUCGGCUGGGCCUUCCUGGCCCUCUUCCGCCUCAUGACGCAGGACUUCUGGGAGAACUUGUAUCAGUUGACACUGAGGGCCGCAGGGAAGACCUACAUGAUCUUCUUUGUGCUGGUGAUCUUCGUGGGCUCCUUCUACCUGGUCAACCUGAUCCUGGCUGUGGUGGCCAUGGCCUACGAGGAGCAGAACCAAGCCACCAUGGAGGAGGCGGCCAAGAAGGAGGAGGAGUUCGUCGCCAUGCUGGAGCAGCUGAAGAAACAACAGGAGGACGCACAGGUAUGGGCUUCACAGAGCAGCGAGCACGACGAGGGCGAGGGCAACAUGUCGUGCAGCUCCUCCGAGAUGUCCAAGCUGAGCUCCAAGAGCGCCAAGGAGCGGCGCAACCGCAAGAAGAAGUGGCGUCAGAAGGAGCUCGGCGAGGAGAAGGGCGACUGCGAGAAGUUUGUCAAGUCCGAGUCGGACGACGGCAUCAGGAAGAGCCGCUUCCGCUUCCCCGACAACCGGCUGGGCCGCCGGACCUCCAUCAUGAACCAGUCUCUGCUCAGCAUCCCCGGCUCCCCGUUCCUGUCGCGCCACAACAGCAAGAGCAGCAUCUUCAGCUUCAAGCGCGGCAAGGACGCCGGCUCGGAGAACGAGUUCGCCGACGACGAGCACAGCACGGUGGAGGAGUGCGAGGAGCGCCGCAACUCGCUCUUCAGCCCGUACCGCCGCAGCAGCUACAGCGGCUACAACUACGGCAAGCGCAACAGCACCGUGGACUGCAACGGCGUGGUCUCCCUGAUCGGCCUCGGGCCCGGCGGACGCCUUCUGCCUGAGCCAACUACUGAGGUGGAGAUUAAGAAGAAACUCUCUGGCUCUCUCAUGGUUUCUGUGGACCAACUCAACACCUCAUUUGGUGGGCGCAAAGAACGAGCAAACAGUGUCCUGAGUGUGGUGACAAACACACUAGUGGAGGAACUGGAGGAGUCCCAGCGGAAAUGUCCCCCAUGCUGGUACAAGUUCUCCAACACCUUCCUGAUCUGGGAAUGCUGUCCGAUUUGGAUUGAGAUCAAGAGGAUCACGCUACUGAUUGUGAUGGACCCGUUCGUGGACCUGGCCAUCACUAUCUGCAUCGUGCUCAACACCCUCUUCAUGGCCAUGGAGCACUACCCCAUGACGCCCCAGUUUGAACAUGUGCUCAGUGUGGGCAAUCUGGUGUUUACAGGAAUUUUCACUGCCGAAAUGUUUGCCAAACUGGUUGCUAUGGACCCAUACUACUACUUCCAGGAGGGCUGGAACAUCUUUGACGGCUUCAUUGUGAGCUUGAGCUUAAUGGAGCUCGGUCUGGCCAACGUUGAAGGGCUGUCUGUCUUGCGAUCAUUCCGUUUGCUGAGAGUGUUCAAGCUGGCCAAGUCGUGGCCCACACUCAACAUGCUGAUCAAGAUUAUCGGGAACUCGGUGGGUGCCCUGGGAAACCUGACCCUCGUGCUGGCCAUCAUCGUCUUCAUCUUCGCCGUGGUGGGCAUGCAGCUGUUCGGCAAGAACUACAAGGACUGCGUGUGCAAGAUCGCCCAGGACUGCGAGCUGCCCCGCUGGCACAUGAACGACUUCUUCCACUCCUUCCUCAUCGUGUUCCGGGUGCUGUGUGGCGAGUGGAUUGAGACCAUGUGGGACUGCAUGGAGGUGGCCGGCCAGUCCAUGUGCCUCAUCGUCUUCAUGAUGGUCAUGGUCAUCGGCAAUCUGGUGGUGCUGAACCUCUUCCUUGCCUUGCUGCUGAGCUCGUUCAGCGCCGACAACCUGGCAGCGACCGACGACGACGGCGAGAUGAACAACCUCCAGCUGGCCGUCAUCCGCAUGAAGCUGGGCAUCGCCUGGGCCAAGGUCAAGGCGCGGCACAUCGUGGCGGUCGUCCUCAAGCGCCAGGUGGCCGACGAGGACGACGGGUACGACAAGAAGAUCAGCGGCAUGGUCAACCACACGGGCGUGGACAUCCUCCGCGAUCCGGACUACCAGAACGGCACCACCAGCGGCAUCGGCAGCAGCGUGGGCAAGUACAAUUUCGACGAUGACCACAUGUCCUUCAUCAACAACCCCAACCUGACCGUGUGCGUGCCCAUCGCUGUGGGAGAGUCCGACUUCGAGAACCUCAACACCGAGGACUUCAGCAGUGAGUCGGAGGCCGAGGGCAGCAAAGAUGUAAGUCUGGACGACACCAGCUCGUCAGAGGGCAGCACCAUCGACAUUAAGCCAGAUGUGGAGGAGGCGGUGGUGGCGGAGGUCGUGGAGGAGUACGUGGAGCCGGACGCCUGCUGGACAGAAGGUUGCAUUGCCCGUUACCAUUGCUGUGAUGUGCCCAUCACUGAGGGCUGGGGCAAGUACUGGUGGUACCUGAGGAAGACCUGCUAUCUCAUUGUGGAGCACAACUGGUUUGAGACCCUCAUCAUCUUCAUGAUCUUGCUUAGCAGUGGAGCACUGGCCUUCGAGGAUGUGUACAUCGAGCAGAGGAAGACCAUCCGUGUCAUCCUAGAGUACGCCGACAAAGUGUUCACCUACAUCUUCAUCCUGGAGAUGCUGCUCAAGUGGGUGGCUUAUGGGUUUGUCAAGUAUUUCACCAACGCUUGGUGCUGGCUGGACUUCUUCAUCGUAGAUGUGUCUAUAGUCAGCCUUAUAGCUAAUGCCCUGGGGUACUCCGAUCUAGGGCCCAUUAAAUCACUCAGGACACUAAGGGCCCUCAGGCCCCUCAGAGCCUUGUCACGUUUUGAAGGGAUGAGGGUGGUAGUCAACGCCUUGGUGGGUGCCAUUCCCUCCAUCAUGAAUGUGUUGCUGGUGUGCCUCAUCUUUUGGCUGAUUUUCAGUAUCAUGGGCGUCAACCUGUUUGCGGGCAAGUACUACUUCUGCUUCAACCAGACGUCCGAGCAGCUCUUUGAGCUGGACGUGGUCAACAACAAAACAGAGUGCUUUGCCCUCAUCAACGCCAACUACUCGGAGGUGCGCUGGAAGAACGUGAAGAUCAACUUUGACAACGUGGGCGCUGGCUACUUGGCGCUGCUCCAAGUGGCUACAUUCAAGGGCUGGAUGGAUAUCAUGUAUGCUGCUGUGGACUCAAGAAGGGUGGAAGAUCAGCCACUAUACGAGGACAACAUCUACAUGUACAUCUACUUUGUCAUCUUCAUCAUCUUCGGUUCCUUCUUCACCCUUAACCUCUUCAUUGGUGUCAUCAUCGACAACUUCAAUCAACAGAAGAAAAAGUUUGGGGGUCAGGACAUCUUCAUGACAGAAGAACAGAAAAAAUACUACAACGCCAUGAAAAAGUUGGGCUCAAAGAAACCCCAGAAGCCCAUUCCCAGACCACAGAACAAGAUUCAAGGGAUGGUCUUUGAUUUUGUAACUCAGCAAGUGUUUGACAUUUCCAUCAUGAUCCUGAUCUGCCUCAACAUGGUCACCAUGAUGGUGGAGACCGACGACCAGUCCGACGAGACGGAGAACAUUCUUUACUGGGUCAACUUCAUCUUCAUUGUGCUCUUCACCUCAGAGUUUGUCCUCAAGCUCACAGCCCUGCGACAUUACUACUUCACCAAUGGCUGGAACAUCUUUGACUGUGUUGUGGUCAUUCUUUCUAUCGUGGGCAUGUUCUUGGCUGACCUGAUUGAGAAGUACUUUGUGUCUCCGACGUUGUUCAGGGUAAUCCGUCUGGCUCGAAUUGGCCGCAUCUUGCGACUAAUUAAAGGGGCCAAGGGCAUCCGAACUUUACUGUUUGCCCUGAUGAUGUCACUGCCAGCCCUGUUCAACAUUGGCCUGUUGCUGUUCCUGGUCAUGUUCAUCUUCUCCAUCUUUGGCAUGUCCAACUUUGCCUACGUCAAGCGAGAGGUGGGAAUAGAUGACAUGUACAACUUUGAGACCUUUGGCAACUCCAUGAUUUGCCUAUUCAUGAUCACAACCUCGGCUGGUUGGGACGGUCUCCUGGCGCCCAUCCUGAACUAUCCGCCCGACUGUGACCCCCUCAAGGAGAACCCGGGCACCACGGUGAAGGGCAACUGCGGGAACCCUUCGGUGGGCAUCUUCUUCUUCGUGAUGUACAUCAUCGUGUCCUUCCUCAUCGUGGUCAACAUGUACAUCGCCAUCAUCCUGGAGAACUUCAGCGUGGCCACGGAGGAAAGCGCCGAUCCGCUUUGCGAGGACGACUUCGAGUCCUUCUACGAGAUCUGGGAGAAGUUCGACCCCACCGCCUCGCAGUUUAUCACCUUCGCCAAGCUGGGCGACUUUGCCGACACGCUGGAGCACCCGCUGCGCGUGCCCAAGCCCAACACCAUCGAGCUGAUCGCCAUGGACCUGCCGAUGGUGAGCGGCGACCGCAUCCACUGCCUGGACAUCCUCUUCGCCUUCACCAAGCGCGUGCUGGGCGACAGCGGCGACCUGGACAUGAUGAGGCAGCAGAUGGAGGAGCGCUUCAUCGCCGCCAACCCGUCCAAGAUCUCGUUCGAGCCCAUCACCACGACGCUGCGCCGCAAGCAGGAGCUCAUGUCCGCGUCCAUCAUCCAGCGCGCCUACCGCGCCCACCUCCUGCGCCGCGGCUUCGUCUGCCGGCGCAUCCUCGGGACCAACAAGCUGGAGAACGGCGGGACCAAUCAGGAGAAAAAAGAGGGCACGCCCUCCACUGCCUCCCUGCCCUCGUACGACAGCGUGACCAAACCGGAGAAGGAAAGGCUGGACGAGAGCGAGAGCAUCGGCAAGAAGGAGAAGGGCAAAAACCAAAAAGACGUCAGGGAAUCUAAGUGUUAAGGACUGCGCUCGAGAUCUGGCGCUGAGAUCUACAGCGAGUGACAUAUGACGAGACGAGACUCUGUAUUCGAAAUCCAACAAAUGUACAAACAUCAACAACAACAACGACAACAACAUCAACAAAAAGAGGGAAAAAACUAUUUACAAGGAAAAUAGAAAAAUCUUAAAAAAAAUAAAUAAUGGUUUGUUUACAGACUUGUUGCAGAUGUUUCGAUGCAGAAGAAGCAGCUUGGUUUUGAUACCACUCUGAAGACGACCAAACACGAUGAGCUUUCUGUGUGUCAUCUGUGAUUAAUGACCAAGAUUUUAAAUAACUUUUCACUCAACGUAAAACUCGAUCAAACAACUCAACUAAAGGUAAUGCGUAGGCCUAUGGCAGACCUUCGGGGAUUUGUUGGGGACCACCCGCCAUCUGGACAGAGAACUGUAUGAAAAAGAUGGCGACAUUUUGAAGAAGGCUUCUUUUCCAUGGCCAAGUGUGGAUUUCAGCAUUGCUCAACUGUGGCUGACACAAAGACUCAACAACAAUGCUGGAUUGUAGGAAACCACCUGCUCCGUUGCUGGGGUUUCUGUGACAUGUUGUCUUUUAACUGUAGAUGAAAAAUGAUUAAUCAACAAUGGGGAGAACAGAAAAAAAAACCCAGAACAUUAUGUGGGUUUUUUUUUUAAUUUGUUUGUGCUGAAUAUACUUGCAUCUUUACAUUAUUUGAGCAGCAAAAAAGAAAAAAAUGAUACAUUUAGCCCAUGUCACUAGUCUUCAUCCUCUUUGUUAUACCUGCGUUAAAAUGAUUUUUCUACAUGGGCUUUCACAUUGAUCGGGUAGGGGGCUUUAUCAGGGUUUUGACUUGGGCUGAAGGGGGCUCCGACUGAGUUCCAAAGUAAAUACCUAACUAAUUGUGCUCGUUCAAAUGCAUAGAAAUGACUUGCAUGAUGGCAUGUUUUGAUCAGGAAUCAUGCAUGAGAAAUCAUAGUCCACACGACACUUACUAAGGCCACAGCAGUGGCUCUACCAUUAGCUUUGAAGAUCUCCACAGGUCCAAAUUUUUUCAAAAAUGAGAUCGAACAACUAAAUUCUAACUUAAGUACUCUUGUACACAUUAUUUGAGAACUUCAAACAGUAUGAUUGUACCUACCCUUCACAUGCUUUCCUUUCUGACACCAUGCUUUCACCAUGCGUCAUUGCAACGUUUUUUCGGUGUCAAACCAGGCUGUAAUCAUUCAAAAAAAUCUGAUGUUUCUAUUUGCUUGUGUGUACUAACAUUGUGGCACAUUGUGACAAAACACAAAACAUAAGUACUUUUGCUGCUCUUGCCGUGUAUGUGUGGGGGGGGAAAGAGCAGGGGUGGGAAUGGUUGCUGGAGAUGUUCGCCCGUGAGUAUACACUGAUUUGGAGAAACAUUUUGAAAUCAAAUGGAACCAAAUCCCAGGCUUACAGAGACCUUGAUUUGCCUUUCGUUUCUGCACCAGCAGCAUAUCGUUACAUGAGCACUGUUUUUCUGAUGUUCUCCAUGUUGUUGAGAGGGGACGGCGUGAAUUGGGACGCCGAUGUCACAGAGGGAAAAAAAAACACGAGGGUGUGGCAGAGCUCCUCUCGGCCUCGCUCAGCUCCGCGCUCUUUGUCCGACUGCAGGGAACGAGCGCUCCUCAGCGGAGGGGCGGCUCUCCACGAGGCACAGUAGACAACUGUCAAAUAACCGUCACAACUGCCAGGAUGUUUAAUUUCCAUCCAUUUUCCUAGGGCCUUUUUGAUGGCAUUUUUAAACCUUGUGAGCCUACAUUGGUUCCAUUCCGUUGUUGUUGUUUUUAUGUCUUACAAAAAAAAAAAAAGCAGUAUGACAUGAUGAGGCUUUGGCGAAAAGGCUCGCUGUUUGGAGCUUCGAUUUUUUCGCCAUCAUGAGAUUCGCGGGAGUCCUUGAUGGGGUCUGUUUAGUGUUCUUGUGUGUCACCCCGGCCUGAUCUGGAAUCAGCUGAUGUAAAGCUUUGGCAUCAGCAUCUGCCAAGUGAUUGAGGGAAAGCUUAGUCAGCUUCAGAAUAGUCCAGAGUCGAGGAAAAGGGUAUCCCCAGUCUGUCCUGCAUCCUAGCUAGAUACACCUCUUUGGACUACUGCCAGUCAGCUUAGAGCCUUUCGUGUCUUAUUUGUGUUAGCUAAGGCUCAAUAGGACGUAAGAGGACAACUUUGGGCCUUUCUGAGAACUAGGCUAGGAACGGUUCGAGUGAGGUGCCAUUCAUCAUUGAUAUCACCAGAAAUAUUCAGUGAAGGACUGUCACACAAGGAAAGGUUCCCUUUGUUUUCAUCGAAACAAAUUCUUUUUUUGUACAAAAUAAGAAAAUACAAAUAAAAGGUAUGCACUUGAGUAGAUCUCAUCACAGUUUGGACUAGCCAAGUGUCCAUCUGUGCCCACUCAAGCAGUGCAAGGGAACAGUGCAAACAACACAUCUGAACUGGAGAACAGCGUCAGAGGGGCCCGUCGCUCUAUACGAGUCCCGGUAGGCGGGGGAACUUUUGUAUCACAGAGUGUGAAAUUGCUCUUAAACUGCCAUCCUCUAUCUUGAGGUCCAUAACAGAAAAAAAACACACACGUGAGGAGAAAAAAAUGAAAUAUUCAGAAAAAAGAAACCACAAGUCCCAGUAACCAUGCGUUUGUCGGGGCAUGCCCUGGGACGGGCAAUGCCCACCCUCUAGGCCACUUCCUGUUUGUGGCACACUUCCUGUUUACAACCCCUCCCCCUCUCCCCUUCAGGGCCUCACUGCAUAGUGGGUCUGCAAACUGCCUGAGGUCUCCAAAUCAGUGUGGGUGCUGUGGACUUGAGAUAAAAACCAAAUACAUUCCCAAUGUUGAAAAAAAAACAAGAAAAAAAAACAAAACAUGCAAUGCCAUGCGGUUUCUCCCGAUACCCAUCUUGGAUGUAAUGUGUAAAAGAGUCCAUUCACAUUAUGACUAAAUGAAAUAUAUCAUUCUGUGUACAGUGCGGGCUAUGAUGUACAUGGCACAGUUGCUGAGAAAAAGUUGAGAAUGAACUAUCUGAGAGAAACUAUAAGUAUUGUAAUAUACUCUUUUUUGGGUUUUGUUUUCAUGGCAUGCUUUGUUGUGGUUUUUGUAAAUACAGAAUUUUAAAAGAUUACUACUAUUAAUCUAACAAUAAAUGACAAACAAAACUAUAGAAUGGCUUCCAGCUGAUGCCCUUGUCACAUUUGUUACUUUUUUUAUUUCAUUUUUUUCCCCCAAAAACAAUUCUCACUUUGUUGGGGAGGGGGGCGGGGGACUGAAUGAAAUAGUAUGAAUCCUAUAUUAUACAAACAGUAUAUAUGGAAUAUAUAUGAAUAUAUAAGAGCACUGUCACAUUUUGUUUAUAUGCAACACGUCCAGUGGAUGUCAUAAAUUGGUUGGUCCUACCUCUGGAGAUGGGGACCAGCUUUCGCACGAUAUAAUUGGAGCUGCUUGGAUUUUUUAGCCCAAGAUACUUAGAGGAUGAUGCUACCAGCACACUUCUUGUGUAUUCCUAGUACCUACCGUACUUACGCUCAACACAACAUACAGUAGACAUGCACACAGUGGAGAAAACACACCCGAAUGAACUCAACCACACAGAGAUAUACACACAUGCACACACACACACACACACAGAGUGCACACAUGCUCUUUCCUGCCUAUGAAAAUCUGUUCUCUCUCACCUCAAUCUGUCACUAAGACGCAGAAGCCUACUGUUUCUAGGCCUCUUCAUACACAUCUGUGCCGUUGCUACUGAACUAGCCAUUCAUUUUACAUUUGAUUUUGUAUUUUUUGUUGUUUUUCUUUUUUCCGUAUGUGUGUGUGUCGAUUCGUUUUGUGUGUUCAUAGUGUUACUUCACUAAAUGGUGUGUGCCUUUUUCUGCAUUCUUUGUGUUUCUCCUUCUCCUUCAUUUUCCGAGUUGCAUUGUCUGCAAUCUUGGAGGAUGGUGCCAUUUCUAACUAGUCACCCUGUGAGACAAGACGGGGAGCGGAGGGUCAUUAUGGAGCACAAUGUCAAUCAGGGACUUGAGAUUGUACAGCGUGGCAUACUGUACUGCCAGAGAAAUGCCAAACAACAACAAAAAAAAAACACACACACAGAGCCCGUUUCCUCUAGAUUUGAUGUUACAAAAAAAGACACAUAAUUCAGUAUGUGAUUGUGUUCUGUGCUUUGUGUAUCAUCCACUUGGCUUGUGAAAAAAAGCUUGCCUUCUGAUUUUGUGUUUCUUUCCACCUCUGAGGUCCAUUUUUGUAUCAGCAUUUGUUUCUUGGACUGUUCCAUUUUUAGCAUGAUUAAGAUGCUUUUUGUUUCCAUCUUUCUGAAGAAAAAAAAAAUAUCAAAAAGUGCUUUUCAAACUGUUGUUAUCGUUUGACACAGUUAUGUACAUGGUAGGAGGAAAUAUGAUGUUGUGUCGCACAACCACUUGGACUCUUAGUAAGACCUUAUAAAAGAUUGUCUUCAUUUGAGCACGAACCUUUUUAUGAACAAAUAAAGCAGCCUUCCAGUUA